AUGGGUCUACUCACGCUCAUCGAGGACCGGCCCACGCCCCCUUCAGUCUACAACUGGCGAGUCUACCUGCUCGCCGUCAUCGCAUCAUGUGGCUCCAACAUGAUCGGCUACACGAGUGCCUUCAUCGGCACGACGGUGACCCUCACGUCCUUUAAGGCGGAGUUCGGCCUGGACAUCAUGAGCGCUUCGGAGAGGAGCCUCAUUAGCGAAAAUAUAGUGUCACUGUUCAUUGCUGGCGCCUUCUUCGGCGCUCUCCUGACUUACAUUCUCAGCCACUGGAUUGGACGCAAAUACUGCCUAGCCAUCGCAUCCGCCACGUUUGCUCUGGGAUCAGGCCUCCAGUGCGGCGCCAACUCGUCCCGGGGGCUGGGCAUCUUGUACGCGGGCCGCGUCUUGUCAGGGCUGGGCACUGGUGUCGCCUCAAACAUUAUUCCGAUCUACCUGUCGGAAUUGGCGCCGCCAGCUAUCCGAGGCCGGCUUGUCGGCCUGUACGAGCUUGGCUGGCAGAUCGGUGGCCUGCUGGGCUUUUGGAUCAACUAUGGCGUUGAGCAGCACAUGAAGCCGAGUCGCGAGCAAUGGAUCAUUCCAUUCGCUAUUCAGUUGAUUCCAUCGGGUCUCCUCUUCAUCGGCUCCCUGUGGAUCCGCGAGUCACCUAGGUGGCUGUUCUUCCAUAACCGCCCGAAGAAAGCCAUGGAGAACCUCUGCUGGAUCCGCCAGCUCGACGCUGGGGAGAUGUACAUCAUAGAGGAGGUUGCGGCAAUCGAAAGCGCCGUCGAGUCGCAGAGGACGACUGUCGGCGUUGGCCUGUGGCAGCCAUUCAAGGCGCUUGGCGAACGGCCUACCAUGCAGUGGCGUCUGUUCCUGGGGUGCAUGCUAUUCUUCUGGCAGAACGGAAGCGGGAUUAAUGCUAUCAACUAUUAUUCACCCACGAUCUUCUUGAGCCUCGGCAUCGAGUCCAACACGGUGAACCUGAUGACGGGCAUCUUCGGUGUCAUCAAGGCCAUCAUGACAUUCGUAUGGCUGCUGUUCCUGGUCGAUCAGCUCGGCAGGAGGAAACUCCUGCUCAUUGGUGCCAUCACCGGUUCGAUCUGCAUGUGGGUAAUAGGUUCCUACAUCUGCGUUGCGAAGCCCACGGAGCACCCCAGCGACCACCUCAACGGUGGCGGCAUCGCAGCGGUUGUCUUUUUCUACCUCUGGACAGCCGUCUACACUCCCACCUGGAACGGCACACCAUGGGUGAUCAACUCGGAAUUCUUCGAUCCCAACUUCCGCUCCCUAGCCCAGGCUUUCACAACCGCUAGCAACUGGCUGUUCAACUUCCUCGUGUCGCGAUUCACUGAACAGAUGUUCGCCGCGAUGGGCUACGGCGUAUACUUCUUCUUCGCGUCACUGUCCUUCUUCGCCUUCUUCUAUGCCUUCUUCCUCAUCCCCGAGACCAGUGGCAUCCCACUGGAGAAGAUGGAGCGCCUAUUUGAGAUCAAACCGAUCUGGAAGGCGAACGGAACCCUCAAGGAGGAGUUGGCGCGGGAGGAACAGCGGUUCCGCACUGACGUCAAGGGCAGGGCUACUCACAAGGAGAACGGUGGAGGGUCGGAGUCAGAGGAUGGCAGCCCUUGA